AUGCAGCAGCGUCGCGAUGAGAUCGUGGCGAAGAAGCAGAAGCUAGCUGAGCUGAAGCGGCAACGGGAACUGCGGCACAAGGAGACUCAAAACCGGCAGAGCAUGUCAGGGUCUCCCUCCGAGAUCCUACAACCCACCCCAAGCAGAGAGCAUACGAGACGAGAAGUAGACAACAUUAUCAAUGGCAUCAUAGGCAGCAGCAGGCCCGGUUCGACGGGCCCGGGAUCACCAGCAGGAGGCAAAGGAAGUCGCCCAACGUCUGAAAUAAGUGCUGGACAACUCAGUGGUGGCACUGGUACCCCUCCCCCAUAUAUGGGCGCAACUCCGGUUGGGGAAGUUGAGCGCGGUACGCAGACUUUAUCGAUAGGGCCGCUCACUACCAUCUACGAGACCCCGGCCGAGCCAAAACCAGAGAUCAUCACAUACAGCAAGGGCGUGCAGACCCAGGAGCAAUGGACACCUCCAAAAGUACGGUCCUUCCAAUCUGACUCGGAUGAUGACGAGUCGCCUACGGCAGUGAAGACCCCGAGAGCGAGCAAGCGAUUGAGCAGGAGGGAGAGGGAGCGGGACGAGGAUAUCCGGCAGAGGCUGCGGAAGGAGGUGGAGGAAGAGGUGAGGGCUGCACAGGCACUGGGAACAGAUCCUGUGGCACCGGUGUCGACAUCACAGCCCAACUUCCCAGCACGGACACUGUCGGACGAGGAGCUCAAUGCUGUCACUUCAUCUGAGGACUUUCUGGAUUUCGUGGAGCGGUCGAGUAAGGUCAUCGAAAGGGCGCUAGAGCAGGAAUACGACAUUCUUGCGGACUAUGCGUUGGGUCGGGGAGAGGGGCUGGACGACGAAGAUGAUGCGGUGGGAGCUGCAGCAGGGAAAAAGGGCAGACGGAUAAAGGAGGUUGCACAGUUCUGGGAUGAGCGAUGGAGUAAGAAGCGAAUGAUCAGCGAUCUGGGCAUCUCUCCAAAGUUUCCUGAGCUCGUUCUGGCGGCCUAUACUAAGAACCCUUCCGCGCCACAUGAACCAGACGGACUCGUUCAGGUCUGGAAUCAACACAUGCCCGAACGCCCCGAGUACGUAUUUCACGCCCAAUCCGACAUCCUAACCGCGAAAUUCUCCCCUUUCCACCCCAACCUUAUCAUCGGCGGCGCCUACAGCGGCCAAGUCCUCCUAUGGGACACCCGUGCCAAACAAGCCCCAGUGCAAAAGACGCCCCUCACAAAAGGCGGCCACACGCACCCAGUCUACAGCCUAGACAUCGUCGGCACCCAAAACGCAAACAACAUCAUCUCGUGCUCCACCGACGGCGUCGUCCUCGGCUGGACCGUCGACCGCCUCUCCAAGCCCGAAGAAACCCUGGAGCUCGUGUCACCACCGCCCUCCAAAACCGACGACAUCGCGCCCACCUGCAUCGCCUUCCCGCAAUCCGACCCGACUUACUUCCUCGCCGGUACCGAGGAGGGCUCCAUCUACCCGUGCCAUCGCUACGACCGCGCAGGCGCCAAGGCCGGCGUCGACGCGCGCGUCAAGUACACGGGCCACGCAGCGCCCGUCAUGAGCCUCGACUUCCACCCGACCCGCGGGCAGAUCGACCUCGGCGACCUCGUGCUCUCGGCUUCGGUCGACUGGAGCGUCAAGCUGUGGAAGGUGAAGCCGCCCGCGGCGAGCAGCUCCACGGCUGUCACGGGCGCCGCGGCGGGCGGCGUGGGCGGCGCCGUGGUGGUCGAGCCGCUGCUCGACUUCCCGCGUGAGGACCUCGUCUACGACGUGCGCUGGUCGCCGGUCAAGCCGGGUGUGUUUGCGCUCGUGGACGGCGCGGGCAUGCUCGAGAUCUGGGAUAUCAAUGUGGAUAUUGAGGUGCCGGUGGCGAAGACGGCGCCGGGGGAUAAGAAGGGCUUGGGGAGGUUCAUGGCGCGCAGUUUGAAUAAGGUGGCGUGGGAAAAGAAUGAGGGGAAGAGGAUUGCGGUCGGUGGAAUGGAUGGUGUGGUGACGGUGUUUGAGGUUGGGAGCGAGCUUGGUGGUGCGGAGGGGGUUAGGCAGGAGGAGUGGUCGGGCGUGAAGAAGCUGGUUGGGAGGCUGGAGGCGGGAUUAGGGGCAGGGGCGGGGACUGGGGAGAGGGGGGCGGGUGGUAUGGUCAAUGGAAACGGUGCGUUAAGGUAG